AUGGAGAUUAAGGACAAAGGAGAAACAGAAUACUAUUUAAUUUGGGAUAUACGUUACCUGGUGGGAGACGAGCUGUGGGUUGUCAUGGAGUAUCUGGCCGGCGGUUCCUUGACAGACGUGGUAACGGAGACCUGCAUGGAUGAAGGGCAGAUCGCAGCCGUGUGCCGUGAGUGCCUUCAAGCGUUGGAGUUCCUUCACUGCAACCAGGUGAUCCAUCGUGACAUCAAAAGUGACAACAUCUUACUUGGAAUGGACGGCUCUGUCAAGCUAACCGAUUUUGGCUUUUGCGCCCAAAUCACGCCGGAGCAGAGCAAGCGCAGCACCAUGGUGGGGACGCCAUAUUGGAUGGCCCCCGAAGUGGUCACCCGGAAAGCCUACGGCCCCAAGGUGGACAUUUGGUCUCUGGGCAUCAUGGCCAUUGAGAUGAUCGAGGGGGAGCCCCCGUACCUCAACGAGAACCCCCUGCGG